AUGGGGGACGCUUUUGAGGAGCAGAACAAGCUUCCGGAGCUAAAACUAGAUGCGAAGCAAGCUCAAGGGUUCAUUUCAUUCUUCAAACGCCUACCCAGCGACGCUAGAGCUGUUAGAUUUUUCGAUCGUCGGGACUAUUACACUGCGCAUGGGGAGAAUGCAACUUUUAUUGCAAAGACCUAUUACCAUACUACAACUGCUGUGCGCCAACUGGGAAGUGGUCCCGAUGCCAUUUCCAGUGUUAGUGUGAGUAAGAAUAUGUUCGAGACUGUCGCGCGGGAUCUUCUUCUGGAGAGGACUGAUCACACUGUUGAGCUGUAUGAGGGCAGUGGAGCCAAUUGGAGACUUGUGAAAUGCGCAACACCUGGAAAUUUAGGUGGUUUUGAAGAAGUCCUGUUUGCUAACAAUGAGAUGCAAGAUUCUCCUGUGAUUGUUGCUGUUGUUGCAAAUUACCGUGAAAGCGGAUUCACUGUUGGAUUGAGCUAUGUCAAUCUUACCAAAAGGUUACUCGGACUGGCAGAUUUUCCUGAUGACAGCCACUUUACAAACUUGGAGUCAGCUCUUGUUGCUCUCGGUUGCAAGGAGUGCCUUCUUCCAGCUGACAUCGUCAAGUCCAAUGAAUAUAGGCCACUGAAUGAUGCACUGUCCAGGUGUGGUGUAAUGGUAACCGAAAGGAAAAAGUCAGAAUUUAAAGGAAGAGAUUUGGUGCAAGAUCUCGGUAGGCUCGUAAAAGGCUCAACGGAUCCAGUAAGGGAUCUUCUAGGGGCAUUUGAAUACGCACAGGGGGCUCUCGGGUGCAUAAUUUACUAUGUGGAUCUUCUUGCUGAUGAGAGCAAUUAUGGAAACUACAAAAUCCAACGAUAUGACCUUGAUAGUUACAUGAGAUUAGACUCUGCCGCCAUGCGGGCGCUAAAUGUCAUGGAGAGCAAAACUGAUGCUAACAAGAACUUCAGCUUGUUUGGUCUCCUGAAUAGAACAUGUACUGCAGGGAUGGGCAAGCGUUUGCUGCACAUGUGGCUGAAACAACCUUUGCUAGAUGUAGAUGAGAUAAACUGUAGGCUGGAUUUGGUACAAGCUUUUGUGGAGGAUACUGUCCUACGCCAAGGCCUAAGGCAGCAUUUAAAAAGAAUCUCAGAUAUAGAGAGACUUGUUCGCUCUCUUGAGAAGAAGAGAGCGGGUUUGGUUCAUGUUGUUAAGCUCUACCAGUCAAGUAUCAGACUCUCAUUCAUCAAAAGCGCAUUAGAGCAGUAUGAUGGCCAAUUUGCUUCACUGAUCAAGGAAAGAUAUUUGGAUCCUCUAGAAAAAUGGACUGAUGAUAACCAUUUAAACAAGUUUAUUGGUCUUGUGGAAGCGUCCGUUGACCUUGAUCAACUUGAAAAUGGAGAAUACAUGAUUUCAUCAGGAUACGAUCCACAGUUGUUGGCUUUGAAAAAUGAGCAAGAUUCUCUUGAGCACCAGAUACAUGGAUUGCAUAGAAAAGCAGCUGACGACCUUGAUCUGGUUCUUGAUAAAGCUUUGAAAUUGGAGAAAGGGACACAAUAUGGAUAUGCUUUUAGGAUUACUAAAAAGGAGGAGCCAAAAGUGAGAAAGAAGCUGAAUACCCAGUUUAUUGUUCUUGAAACUCGAAAGGACGGUGUUAAGUUCACAAACACAAAGCUUAAGAAAUUAAGUGACCUCUACCAAAAGGUUGUUGAGGAGUACAAAAGUUGUCAGAAAGAAUUGGUUGCCAGAGUGGUCCAGACUGCUGCAAGUUUUUCCGAGGUGUUUGAAGGAUUAUCGUGGUCACUCUCUGAAUUGGAUGUUUUACUAAGUUUUGCUGAUUUGGCUGCUAGCUGUCCCACUCCUUACACACGUCCAAUCAUCACGCCUUCAGAUUUCGGAGAUAUUAUUUUGGAAGGGAGUCGACAUCCGUGUGUUGAAGCUCAAGAUUGGGUGAAUUUUAUUCCCAAUGAUUGUAAACUUGUCAGGGAUAAGAGUUGGUUCCAUAUUAUUACAGGACCAAAUAUGGGAGGAAAAUCAACAUUCAUUCGACAGGUUGGUGUGAACAUUCUGAUGGCACAAAUUGGCUCUUUUGUCCCUUGUGACAGUGCUAGUAUUUCUAUACGUGACUGCAUCUUUGCUCGUGUGGGUGCUGGUGACUGCCAGCUACGUGGAGUUUCUACCUUCAUGCAAGAAAUGUUAGAGACUGCAUCGAUAUUGAAAGGAGCAACUGAGAAGUCAUUAAUUAUAAUUGAUGAGCUGGGCCGUGGGACAUCAACGUAUGAUGGAUUUGGCCUAGCUUGGGCCAUUUGUGAGCACAUAGUCAAAGUAAUAAAAGCUCCAACAUUUUUCGCUACUCACUUUCAUGAGCUGACUGUUUUAGCUCAUGGAAGUUACGGUGAUGAGCAAACAUCGAAAAAACUGCCAGGAGUAGCUAAUUAUCAUGUUAGUGCGCACAUUGACUCAUCAAGUCGCAAACUUACUAUGCUUUACAAGGUUGAACCAGGGGCAUGUGACCAAAGUUUUGGUAUUCAUGUUGCCGAAUUUGCUAAAUUUCCAGAUAGCGUAGUCGCCCUUGCCCGAGCUAAGGCUUCUGAGUUGGAAAACUUUUCGUCAACAGCAGGUGUGCCUCAUGCUGCCAAAGAGACGGGAUCCAAACGUAAGAGAGAGGGAGACAAUGAUGAUGUGAGUAGGGGUCACGAGCUGGCCCGCCGGUUCCUGAAGGAUUUCUCAGAGUUACCACUCGAGAAGAUGGACAUGAAGCAGGCUUUGAAACAAGUCGGCGAGAUGAGAGAGGAGUUGGAAAAGGAUGCAGCCGAUUGCCACUGGCUCCAGCAGUUCUUCUAG